AUGAGCUCUGCCCCGUCGACGCCUAUGAUGUCGCUGCUGACGGACGACAGUCUGGUCGCUGCCCCACUUCGCCUCGAGCGCCUCAAGGCCGAGCGCAUGGAGGGCCUCGGGUCGCCAACGUCGCCCGGCAUGACGGCCGGCCAUGCGCGGCGCGAGGCGGCGGAAGCUGCUGCAUUCCACAACACACUGAGUGGCGAAUCUUCGCCGGAAGAUGACGGCGACAGCGACACGGAUAUCCCGCGCGACUGCAAGCCGAACACGGGCCGCUGGACGGACGCCGAGCACAAGCUUUUUCUAAAGGGCCUCGAGUGCUUCCCAUACCGCGCGUGGAAGAAGAUUGCGACGCUCAUCAAGACGCGCAGCGUCGUGCAGAUUCGCACGCACGCCCAAAAGUACUACCAAAAGCUCGCCAAGGAAGAGGCGAAGGGCAAGGACCGCGACUUUGCGUCGCCGUUUGGCAUGGACCAUGACCGCAAGGCGACAUCCGCGAGCCUGAAGAAGCGCAAGUAUAGCUUUGAGGACAGCCACUAUUCGCGCAAGCUCUUACGCGAGCGCAAGGACGCCGACAUGAAGCUCAACAUGGAGGCCCUCAAGCCGCCGUGCCUCCGAUCGAGCACGGCGACCGACGCGCGCGCACGCAACGUGAGCGUCGACAUAAGUGUGGCGGUCAACACAAGUGGGGCACCGUCGCCGAUGCUGCCGCCCCGGCGGCCUGUGACGGUCUCGCGGGGCAUGGUCGCAUUCGAUGCGCCCAUGGUCGUCGACUUUCCCGAAACCUCGGUCAAGACGGACUUUGACCCGAGCCUCGAGCGGCUCUCACCCGUGAGCGCCGAUGCGAUGCCGGGUACGGACGAGGACUGGUUCUCGUCGUCGUCGACGUCGGAAGUGAGCCUAAAGGACGGAACAGUGCCGGAGGGCUCGGCAGCGUCGUCGCCCGUCUCGAUGAUGAAGAAGAACCAAUUUCUGCCCAUCUACCACUGCGAUGCGGCCUUUGACUUUGGCCAUGACUCGACGGACCUCAUUCUCUUUGAGGACGAAGCGCCGUCGGACGAGUUCGUCUUGGACCCGCAGACGUUCCUGACGUGCUACUUCAACAAGGAGUCGUGA